AUGGAAAUUUUAGAUGUAUCGCUCCUCUGUCUGGCAACCUUGCCCGUUGCCCACACCAUCAUGGUAUCAUUCGGCACGAAUCAAGGUCCCAUCGUUCCAAGACAACCAAAGUCAACGUCCGCUCAAGAGAGAACCAUCGUGGCUAGAAGCCCGGCGCCGGUAUCAGAAUAUAGAGACGACGUACCUAAUCCCAAUGUGUACAAACCACCGUACCCACAUCAGUAUAGAACCAAACUGUACGCUUAUAAACCCUCCGCGAAUUUGAUUCUUGGGACACCACUAGACCAGAAAUUCACUCCCAAUUCAAUUCCUAAGUAUCAUUAUUACAAAAAACAGCUACAAAGAUUGAACUUGGGAGCGGAUUACACAGGUCCUAAUAUUUUCGAAAGACAGGAAUACGAAUUUUUACCCAAAACUGUUCUUAUCCCUUCUGUUAAGUACAACAAACCAAUCUACGCACCUGCAGAGAGUCAAAAUAGUAAGUACGUACCCGAAAUUGGGGUAGCAUAUUCUUCCGGGAUUAGGUACUACGUUCCUCAAAUUAUAGUUGUUAACCCUCAUCAGAAUGAUGUUAAUCCAAGAGAUGAAAAUUCUGUGUACGAUGUAGAAGAUCAAAAGUAUUAUCAGUAAUUUAAAAAAAAAAGCUGUUGAUAACUGUGCCAAUUUAUACUUUUUUGUUAACUUGAAGUAAAUGUGUGAAA